AUGAACAAGAAUGGGCAGAACACCGAAGAGAUUGACAUCCGGAAAUGCACCUGGGGCCAAGUACAGAGCGAGAUAUGGAGAACAGCAGAAUCGUGGAAGAACCGCCCCGAUAAGCAAACGAACACGAUGAAAUUCGUCAACAAAGUCGGAUCUUACUCCGAGGCUGUAGAGGGUUGGUUGGGCCUUCUACCGGCAGGCGACUACGGCGCAAGGCAAGAAACAAAAUGUUUCAUUGUUCCCCAAUUAUCAAUUUGGAAAGCAUACGUACUAACUACAUGCAGCAUUUGCGGUGUUUUCAAGCUUGUCAUCGGUGCCGCUGGACAGUACAGCAAGGUAGAAGAGGAGAUUUUCAAGGCUCUGUCGGAAAUACCUGAUUUCAUGAGGAGGACAAAAAGAUACGUUGAUGUAUUUUGGAACCAACGCGAUCACCGCUUUGAACAGUUGAGCAUUGAGCUCUUUCGUGCAAUGUUGCAAUCUCUUCGCCACAUCAUGCAAUUCUUUGCGGACAGUAAAAUUCGAAAGGUCUGGGAAUCAUUUGGGAAGCAGAAUGCGUAUAAGAUGGAGCUCUUGGGCAGCCUGAGAGAUUUACAAAAAUGUGCCGACAAGAUCCAGUCCGAAGGCGCCCUCUGCCAUGCCGAGUUGUCGAAAGAAGGGCUAUUGAUCAACCGAGACACCCAACUCGUGGUCAACGAUUUGCGACGCAUGCUCGAAUCCCAUCUGUCGUUCCAAAGGCGCGAGAUGGAAGAUCUUCGCAAGGCGGUUUUCGGCGUCGAACCAAGCAUCGAUGCAUACGAUAUGGUUAAUGUGGACCACAAUGUGUCCGAAGCCACAACCGACGACGCAGACUCCCGAAAAUCAUUCCUCGCACAAGUUGAGUCGAUUCAGCAACACAACGAAUCCUCGAGGCAGAGACUUCUUGACGUCCUCCAAUACGAUAGAGAAGCCAUCGCCCGAGAUGUUGAGACUUGCUUGCAACUCGGGUACAGACUAGACGACAAGGCGAAGUCAAGAGCCGCAUCUCUAGUUCAAGCCGAACUCUUCAAGGCAUUCUUACAAGACGCUCAUGAAUCAACGCGUUUGCUUGUCAACGGCCGGGAAGACGUCUCUUCAGCAGACGGGAUAUCCCCGCUGAGUUUCGUGGCCGCUGAGCUCUCGCAACUGUCAGUCAAGGCAGGCGCAGCAUUCGCGGCGGUCUUUGUUCUCAACUACUUUUGUGCGGAGCACCCGUCAUCUCCUAUCUUCCCAAGCCCAGAAACAUCAGUUACGGGGCUCAUGGCAAGUCUUAUCGGUCAGCUUGUAUGGCAGAUGAACGACAAGAAAAUCAUGCCUGACUUGUCGUUCUUGACUGAAAAGAAAUGGGGAAAGAUUUCGAGACUAGACCCUGCUGCUCUUUUCACCCUCUUCAAGAGGUUGUUCAGACAGCUGCCCAGAGAGGCUAUGCUUCUGUGCAUCAUUGACGAGAUCUCUAUCUAUGAGACGCAAAUGCUUCAAGAAGACACGUACACAGCACUGCAAAAGCUGGUCCAACUUUCGAGUGAUCAGAAAAGUCCCUCCGCUGCCUUCAAGCUUCUUGUACUUAGCAGGAACCGAGCCCUGGUUGUUGGCGAGCACUUCUCGGAACAUACACUUGACUUACAAGAGGACAUCGAAACGGACGGUGCCGCGAACUGGACGAUUCAGAUGAUGAUGGCUUAA